AUGAAAUUCCCAGUCGCUGGAGCUUCAGCUCUGCUACUCCUCCUCAACACGUUCACCCAGGCACAGGCAGUCCCUGUCAUCGAUCUCGGCUAUGUGAAAUACAGCGGCUACCAGAAUGCCACCGCAGGCAUCAACUACUACCGCGGCAUCCGUUAUGCCGCCGCUCCUACAGGUGAACUACGCUGGGCAAAACCCGUGCCCAUCGAAUAUAUGAACAACUAUAACGGCCAGACCAUCAAUGCUUCAACCCUAGGCCCGGCGUGCUACCAAUCCUCUGCGAGGUCCACUUAUGCUACGCCGUCAGCUCCACAAGGACAAUCAGAAGACUGUUUGCUCCUCGACGUGCUUGUUCCUUCCAAGCCUGUCUCAUCAGCCUUGCCCGUGCUUUUCACCAUCCACGGCGGCGGCUACGUUGGUGGGAGCGCUCCUUUCUCCUAUCCGGGCGAUGCCCUGGUCAAUCGGUCGGACGGCAACAUUAUCUAUGUGGGUAUUCAGUACCGUCUCGGGAUGUUCGGGUUUAUGGGCGGGGAUGCCAUUGCUGAGAACGGAGCAUUGAACGCUGGCCUGCUUGACCAACGAGCCGCCAUGGACUGGGUUCAGCGGAACAUCCGUGCCUUUGGUGGCGAUCCAGGCCGUGUCACUAUCUGGGGUGGUUCGGCUGGUGGAGGCAGUGUCUCAUGCCAGCUGAUCGCGAAUAGCGGUUCUGAUUUCCCUCCCUUUGCGGCCGCGAUUGCAGACCAUCCCUGGUGGCAGCCCUUCGCGAACAAGAGCACGCAGAACACCCAGUUCAACACGGCUCUGAAGCUGUCAAGCUGUUCGGACAUCAAUUGCCUGCGAGAAUUGUCUUCGGCUACACUCGGAAACCUCAACCAGGCAGUGAUCAAUGCCACGUAUCCAGGACCAGACAAUGCAUACGGUGUCUAUUACUGGGGCCCAGUGGUGGAUGGCAAGUUCAUCCGCGACCUCCCCGACCAAGAAUUUGCAAAGGGCAACUUUUACAAGGUACCCUUGAUCACCAACCGAGACGCCUACGAAGGCUAUAUCUUUUCCAAUAUGACGCAGACAUCUCAGGUCGACGAGACGGUAGACGCUGAAGAUCUCUUCCCCGCGGCCGGCCCGUCAUUUUUCUCCCGUCUUUACUCUCUCUACCCCCGCAGCAACUUCAACAGCACCUUCUACCAGCGGCAGACGUGGUUCGGGGACUUCAUCAUCAACUGCCCGACCUACUACAUGGCCUCGUCGAUGGUGGACUCGCUGUCCAACAGCUCGGCGGUGUUCAAGCUCACGUUCGCCGCCGGGAGCGAGCUCCACGGGGCCACCAACCCGUUCAUCUCGUCCAACGUGACCAACUACCCCAGCGCGAACAACCUGACCCUGGCGCACAUCAUGACCAGCUACUGGGUGAGCUUCACCGUCUUCCACGACCCGAACCCGCUGCGCACCGCCGGCGCGCCCUACUGGCCGAGUUACAUCUCCGGGGCCCCGGGCUCGGCGGCCCAGGGCGAAGGCGUCGGCUUCACGAUCCAGGCCGUCACGUACAACAGUAUCGGCGCGACGCCGGAUCCCGACGCGGCCGCGCAGUGUGACUUCUUCAACUCCCGGGGAUGGCAGAUCAGGAACUAGGCCAGAUUGUGCGUCGGGUUGUGUUGGCUGUGCAACACGAGGACGUCUUUACGAGUGAUAUGAAUGCUGAAGGGAAGAGUACAUGUGCAUACUGACGAUGUAUCAAGGUGGAGGAAGUGCUGUGGUGUCUCAAUGAAAUCCCGACAGUCGUUGCACACGCAAUACUGCCAAGUAAGGACAGGUCCUUUUGCGAAGUGAGAAAGCGGC